GCAGAGAAAGGAAGCAGGCGAAGGAGCCCCGGGCAGAGAGACUUGGGCGGAGCUGCUGACCGCAGGACGAUCCAGACUCGCUUUCGGAGGCAACAUGUUGCAAGCGGCGUUCCAGACUCCCUGCAAGGCGGCUCCUCUCCGCCUGCUCCUCGGCUGCAGACCUUUGUCCUUUGCGGCCGCCGCCGCUGCCGUCCCGCAGCCCAACACGCGGCCGGACAUCUCCUACAAGAAGAUUUUCAUCAACAAUGAAUGGCACGACUCCACCAGCAGGAAAACAUUCCCGACCAUCAACCCAUCCACAGGCGAGGUCAUCUGCCAGGUCGCCGAAGGAGACAAGGCGGAUGUUGACAAGGCGGUCAAGGCAGCCAGAGAUGCAUUCAAAUUUGGAUCUCCUUGGAGAAGGAUGGAUGCUUCCCAACGAGGCGCACUGCUGUACCGUCUCGCUGACCUGAUUGAGAGAGACCGCGCUUACCUGGCUGCUCUGGAAACCUUGGACAAUGGCAAGCCGUAUGCUGUUGCCUACCUGGUGGAUUUAGACAUGGUCAUCAAACACCUCCGGUACUAUGCUGGUUGGGCAGACAAAUUCCAUGGGAAAACUGUGUCCAUGGACGGAGACUUUUUCACCUACACAAGGCAUGAGCCAGUUGGGGUCUGUGGACAGGUCAUUCCAUGGAAUUUCCCACUGCUCAUGCAAGCCUGGAAACUCGGGCCGGCAUUGGCCACAGGGAACGUGGUGGUGAUGAAACUGGCUGAGCAAACCCCUCUGACUGGGUUGUAUGUGGCCAGUCUGAUCAAGGAGGCUGGAUUCCCCCCUGGCGUGGUGAACAUUAUUCCUGGCUUUGGGCACACAGCAGGGGCUGCCAUUUCUUCCCACAUGGAUAUCGAUAAAGUGGCGUUCACUGGCUCCACGGAGGUUGGUCACCUAAUCCAAAAGGCUGCUGCUGAAAGUAAUCUGAAGAGAGUGACACUUGAGCUGGGGGGGAAGAGCCCAAAUAUCAUCAUGUCUGAUGCUGACAUGGACUGGGCUGUUGAGCAAGCCCAUUCUGCCUUGUUCUUCAAUCAGGGACAGUGCUGCUGUGCUGGUUCUCGGACAUACGUCCAAGAGGAUAUAUACCAUGAGUUUGUGGAAAGGAGUGUGGAGCGAGCCAAAGCCAGGGUGGUUGGGAACCCAUUUGACUUAAGGACAGAACAAGGACCUCAGGUAGAUGAGAAUCAGUAUAAGAAGGUCCUUGGAUACAUCAGUACCGGGAAAAAGGAAGGAGCAAAACUGCUUUAUGGAGGCAGUCCGGCUGCAGACAAAGGCUACUUCAUCCAGCCAACCAUCUUUGGAGAAGUCCAAGACAGCAUGAUUAUUGCUAAAGAGGAGAUAUUUGGGCCAGUCAUGCAGAUCCUAAGGUUCAAAUCCAUUGAGGAAGUCAUCAACAGAGCAAAUGACACCAAGUAUGGCUUGGCAGCAGCCGUCUUCACCAAAGAUAUUGAUAAAGCGAACUACAUUUCUCAGGGUUUGCGUGCUGGAACCGUCUGGAUAAACUGUUACAACGUGUUUGGCAGCCAGGCUCCAUUUGGGGGGUACAAAGCGUCUGGACAAGGCCGUGAGGGGGGAGAAUACGGCUUGCAACCAUACACGGAGGUGAAAACGGUAACAGUAAAAGUUCCACAGAAGAAUUCCUAAAGGACACCUGCAACGCUUGUGUAUCUGACAUGGAGUGCGUUAGACACUUGCUAGCAGCCUAUGGAUAUGUAGAGAGACGUCCUUCACAAAGCAUACCUUAACCUCUACAGCCUAAGAAGCCUCUGUUCAAGAAAAAAAACCACACAUUUGCCUGUCUGCUUAUAUUUUACUUGGAUCUUUUUCUACACCAAACAACUUACUACAUAUUUGAAGUUCAGCAUAUCUGUUUGACUCCUCUGAAAAAUGGAUUGUUGUGGGGGCACCAACUUGUGAAAGAACAGUUUCUGGUGGCUUUCAGAAGUAAGGGGAAGCGAAGUUCUGAGGGUUUCUUUCCUUUUCCUUGCCGUGUAGAACCUGAGCAGAAAUUGUCUCUCCUUUUUAUGUCAGAGAAUACAACUAUCGAGUAGCCAUUCUAGAGCAACACGUGCUGUGAAGUUGGAUCUGUUUCUAACAGCUUUUGUGAUUUUCUGUGAGCUUAUAUGAAAUGCAUAAAGCAAGUUUCA